GCCGGCCCAGCGCGCGCGCAGCAGGCACCGGGGACGCGAGCCGCGGCCGCGCACGAUCCCCGGCCCGGCGCGAGGCCCGCCCGACAGCGCCCGCCCGGCCCGGCCCGCGGGGAUGCGGAGCGGCGGGCGCCGGAGGCCGCGGCCCGGCUAGGCCCGCGCUCGCCCGGACGCAGCGCCCGAGGCCGUGGGCACCGCUGGGCUCGGGGAGACCCGCGGAGAGCGGAGCGUGAGCGACCCCCGGCACCAUGACCGACGUGGCCAUCGUGAAGGAGGGCUGGUUGCACAAACGAGGGGAGUACAUCAAGACCUGGCGGCCCCGCUACUUCCUGCUCAAAAACGACGGCACCUUCAUCGGCUACAAGGAGCGGCCGCAGGACGUGGAGCAGCGCGAGUCGCCCCUCAACAACUUCUCCGUGGCGCAAUGCCAGCUGAUGAAGACCGAGCGGCCCCGGCCCAACACCUUCAUCAUCCGAUGCCUGCAGUGGACCACGGUCAUCGAGCGCACGUUCCACGUGGAGACCCCCGAGGAGCGGGAGGAGUGGACGACUGCCAUCCAGACGGUGGCCGAUGGGCUCAAGAGGCAGGAGGAGGAGAUGAUGGACUUCCGGUCGGGCUCGCCCAGCGACAACUCGGGGGCUGAGGAGAUGGAGGUGUCCCUGGCCAAACCCAAGCACCGGGUGACCAUGAACGAGUUUGAGUACCUGAAGCUGCUGGGCAAAGGCACGUUCGGGAAGGUGAUCCUGGUGAAGGAGAAGGCCACCGGCCGCUACUACGCCAUGAAGAUCCUCAAGAAGGAGGUCAUCGUGGCCAAGGACGAGGUGGCGCACACGCUCACGGAGAACCGAGUCCUGCAGAACUCGCGGCACCCCUUCCUGACGGCCCUGAAGUACUCCUUCCAGACGCACGACCGCCUCUGCUUCGUCAUGGAGUACGCCAACGGCGGCGAGCUAUUCUUCCACCUGUCUCGCGAGCGGGUGUUCCCCGAGGACCGGGCCCGCUUCUACGGCGCCGAGAUCGUGUCGGCCCUGGACUACCUGCACUCGGAGAAGAACGUGGUCUACCGGGACCUCAAGCUGGAGAACCUGAUGCUGGACAAGGACGGGCACAUCAAGAUCACGGACUUCGGGCUGUGCAAGGAGGGCAUCAAGGACGGGGCCACCAUGAAGACCUUCUGCGGGACCCCCGAGUACCUGGCCCCCGAGGUGCUGGAGGACAACGACUACGGCCGCGCCGUGGACUGGUGGGGGCUGGGCGUGGUCAUGUACGAGAUGCUGUGCGGCCGCCUGCCCUUCUACAACCAGGACCACGAGAAGCUGUUCGAGCUCAUCCUCAUGGAGGAGAUCCGCUUCCCGCGCACGCUCAGCCCCGAGGCCAAGGCCCUGCUGUCGGGGCUGCUCAGGAAGGACCCCAAGCAGAGGCUCGGCGGCGGCUCUGAGGACGCCAAGGAGAUCAUGCAGCACCGCUUCUUCGCCAGCAUCGUGUGGCAGGACGUGUACGAGAAGAAGCUCAGCCCGCCCUUCAAGCCCCAGGUCACCUCGGAGACGGACACCAGGUAUUUUGACGAGGAGUUCACAGCCCAGAUGAUCACCAUCACGCCCCCGGACCAAGACGACAACAUGGAGUGUGUGGACAGCGAGCGGAGGCCCCACUUCCCGCAGUUCUCCUACUCGGCCAGCGGCACGGCCUGAGGAGGCCAGCCCGGUGCUGGUGACCCGCGGGCGCCACAGGCUGGACGCCGCCUCCGUGGGUCGGGAGGGGCCCGCAGCGCCGAUCUGGAGCCAAUGUUUCUCUCUGGAGGCGAUGGAGGGACCACGCUCCUCCAGCGCGAGGACCUCGGUGCCGUGGGCAGGGCUGUCCGCACGCGCAGGGGAGGUCCUGCGGUUUUUCUUAAUUUAUUUCAUCCAGUUCUCCAGAUGUGGCCUCGCCUCCGGACGGAUUCCGGUAGGAAACGCUGAGGACUGCAGCAGCCACGUGCACUUUGGGGUCCGGUGGCCCCUGCCCGCUCCCCGGCCCCUCCCGCCACCUGUCCCUGGCUGUCAGCUGUCCCCCCUCCCCUCGGGUGGGCCAGGGGCAGCCCAGGGCGACGGCAGGCGAGGACCGUGCGGAGCAGGCGGCUGAGCCCGUCACUGUGUGCGCUGUCCAUGUGCGUUCGGGGCUCAUCUUAGAGAAGAGCCCCCCGUCCCCCCAUCCCCCCGUCCCCUCCCCGCCCCCCGCCCGUGCUUCCCCGGUAGCGCCUGUCCUGUCCUCCUAGCUUCUCUCCCGCCGCCCAGCCAGACACUGCGCUGCACCAUGGCGUUUUUUUACAUCAACUUUAGUAUUUUUACUAUUAUGAGACUUCCCUCCGAAUUCCUCAAUAAAAACGGCUUUUCAACGUC